AUGGCGGCGGCGGUGGCCAUGGGGCAGCAGUGGGUGCUGGUGGAGAUGGUGCAGGCCUUCUACGAGGCACCAGCUUACCAUCUCAUUUUGGAGGGAAUUCUAAUAUUAUGGAUAAUCAGACUCCUUUUUUCCAAGACUUAUAAGCUUCAAGAACGAUCUGAUCUAACACCCAAGGAAAAAGAAGAAUUGAUUGAAGAAUGGCAGCCGGAGCCGCUUGUUCCUCCUGUGUCAAAAGACCACCCAGCUCUCAACUAUAACAUUGUUUCAGGUCCUCCCACUCAUAAAAUCACUGUUAAUGGCAAGGAAUGUAUAAACUUUGCAUCAUUUAAUUUCCUUGGACUUCUGGAUAAUGAAAACGUUAAGAAUGCAGCGCAGGCAUCUCURAAGAAGUAUGGUGUUGGCACUUGUGGACCUAGAGGAUUCUAUGGCACUUUUGAUGUGCACUUAGAAUUAGAAGAACGACUCGCAAAAUUCAUGAGGACAGAGGAAGCUAUUAUAUACUCAUAUGGAUUUGCAACAAUUGCCAGUGCUAUUCCUGCAUAUUCAAAAAGAGGAGACAUUGUGUUUGUAGAUGAAGCUGCCUGCUUUGCUAUUCAGAAGGGCUUACAGGCAUCUCGUAGUAACAUCAAGUCGUUUAAACAUAAUGAUAUGACUCACCUGGAACGGCUGUUGAAAGAACAGGAGGCUGAAGAUCAAAAGAAUCCCCGCAAGGCCCGWGUAACUCGAAGGUUUAUUGUAGUGGAAGGAUUGUAUAUGAAUACAGGAGACAUCUGCCCUCUUCCAGAAUUGAUAAAACUGAAAUAUAAAUACAAAGUUAGAAUUUUUUUGGAGGAGAGCCUUUCCUUUGGAGUACUUGGGGAACAUGGACGAGGAAUUACUGAACACUUUGGUGUAAAUAUAGAUGAUAUAGAUCUUAUCAGCGCAAAUAUGGAAAAUUCACUGGCUUCCAUUGGAGGAUUUUGCUGUGGUAGAUCUUUUGUUAUUGAUCACCAGCGAUUGUCUGGUCAGGGCUACUGCUUUUCUGCAUCCCUGCCUCCUUUGUUAGCUGCUGCUGCUAUUGAAGCUCUGAAUAUUAUGGAAGAUAAUCCAGAUGUUUUUCAGACUCUUCAGGAAAAGUGCAAGCGAAUUCACAGAGCUUUACAGGGGAUUUCUGGCUUAAAGGUAGUGGGCGAAUCUUUUUCUCCAGCAUUGCACUUACAAUUGGAAGAGAGCCGUGGAUCUCGAGAAAAUGAUGUGAAGUUGCUGAAAAGAGUUGUAGAUUAUUGUAUGAAUAAUGGUAUUGCAUUAACUCAGGCACGCUAUCUGGAGAAAGAAGAAAAGUGUCUUCCUCCACCAAGUAUUCGAGUAGUGAUAACAGUUGAACAAACAGAACAAGAACUGGACAAAGCUGCAUCACUUAUUAAGGAAGCUGCACAGUCCUUGCUGAAUUAGACUGCUAUUUCGGACACCUUCCUCAAAUUACCAGAUACGUGUUUUACACUUUAUGGUGUCUUGGCUUCCACUUCAAGUUUGACCACCGAUGACACUGAAGCCUURCUGAAUAACAAGAUUUUUCCAAAAUGGUACAAAUGCAGUGAGGGGAAGAAUGAUGAAUUUAAGAACUGGUAAAUGACGGAGUAUAUUUCAGCUUUAAACUCUUACCAUUUAAUAGCAUUCCUUAAAAUGAAAUAUAAACAUCUCACACAAAUUUUCAUAAAUUUAAUCUUUAAAAAAAGCCUUAAGUUUUGUUUCCUCACACCCUUGAAUGUUUUCAGUAAUAUGUGUAAACAUUCAUCUUUGCCCAGAAAUAUUUAAAAUUCAUUAUUUUAUUUGUGUAGUGUCAGGAUGUAGGAGCGUAAUAUAAAUUUCUUCUUUUUUUUCCCAAGAUGAAAAUAGCUUGUUCCUAAUACUGUCAAAAAGAAAAUAAUGACACAUUAAGAGAUUUACUUCAGCUAUAUUUCUUUGUUGUUAUUGAAUCACAGCAACUUAAAUAUUUAUUUGUUAGGCAUUUCUGGAAGCCAGUUUUUCAGACUCCUUGACCAGAUAAUUAAUUGCUGAAAUGAUAAAAUCAUAUUAAACACUAUUUGCUUACUUCAUUUCAUAUGUAAAUAUAUGCAUGUUUGACAUAUUGUGGGUGAGGUUUUCCUUGCUAUUAACUUAAAUACCUAAACUUAAACCUCUAAAUUGUGAACAUUGUGCAAUUUCAGUAUAGUAUAUUCAAUCAGGGGGCCUUUGUACCAGUCUUGUAGAGGAGACAUAAACAGUAUGAAGAAUGAACCAAAGUUCUGAUAGAGUCAUUGUGCAUAUAAGCUUAUUCAGACAACGUUGAAGCACUGAAAUAUGUGCUAAGUUGUAUCUCUAAACAGCUUUACUGUAGAAGRGAACCCUCACAGAUAGAUAUUAAGAUUUUAAGUGGUACAAAUACUUACGAURUAUGUAUACCUAAAUCUUCACAUCAUUGGAAAAUAAUUAUUUGCA